AUGUCUCGGAAGACUUGGUGUAUCUAUUUCGUUCACGAAGACUAUGCCGGCAUCAGCGCCUUCAUCAAUCAGCCCGCGGACGAAUCGGAGCGCAAUGCAAAGAUGUUUUCGAUUGGCGUCCUUGUACCGCUGAGCUCUGGAAGGCUGGGCAAAAGCUGGCGGCAUGCUUCGAAAUUGAAGGAAUUAGCCCAGCGCUACUCGGAGCAUGUGUUCGACACGCACCGAUUAUCAGAAUACUGGGAGACCCACGAGUUAUCCGCAAAUGACAUAUCGGCAGUACCCGACUCGCCGCUUGAGUCACCUCUGAGUCUCCGAUUGAGAGCCCACGGUGACAGACCGGACCCUUUGCAGAGGCAUCGAGCUAUCAGUGAUGCAAAUGUGCUGGAGACGUCUAGGCCGGCCCUGACGCCCUUCCACCCAGCCUCGUCACUGCCUGAUUUCCUUGAUUCGUUCGGUCCCCUUAUAUUUCCCUUAUAUAGAGCAGCGUUGCUACGAAGGAGAGUUCUUUUCAUGGCAGAAGCGCCGGUGCAAAUACCCUGUAACUAUGUGUACGAUUUGUCUUUGUUAGCUUCAGUGCCGAACUCUCUCCUCCCUUUACUUGUUUCAGGUAGCUUACCAGCUCUACGACCCCGCGCUCUCUUCAAUGUCGGUGUCUAUGAUAUUCCGUACCUCUCGUCCUUCAUAAGGGGCUCAGCGGAUUCUGAGCGGGAUAGUGCCUGGAUUGCGUGCAGCACAGAUAGUGUUUUAAGCAUGAAACCAGAGCUGUUCGAUAUCCUAGUCACUUUGCCUCCUUCUCAUUCGAAGGAUGCCGCAGACAAGGCCUACCCGACUAUUACUGUGUCUUCUACCCCCGUGGACAAAAAGCAAUCGUCACGGACAGAAUUGAAAGCCACCCAACGUGAUGCACGGCGUUACACAACCCUCCGGAAGGGAUUGCGCCGUGUAUUCAAGGAUGAGGGUACCAAUCUCGAAUUUAGCGGCGCUGACGACAACUCGGACGCUGCGUCAACAUUUUCUUCCAGCCCCAUUGUCGAGCCUCUAUCGUGGACUCGACUAGCAUAUACGUCCUUCAUAUGGUGGGCCUCGGCUGGUGAAAAGCGCGACGGAUUUUCCGAGGAGGAAGGGGAAGAGCACGAAGUCGAACAGGAUGCGAGGCUCCUAGCGAGCUUAGACAAUCUUCCCGAGCUCCCCUCGGGCUCUAUCCGACGCCGAAACAUGCAACCGGAACAAACACCGACGCAGCCACCAGAAAUUGCCCUAAUUGCAUACUUCCGCCAGCUAACCACGCAAAUUUUUGCGACACUCUCAGACGUUAUUGCACGACAUGACGAUCAAAGCGGGGAUGAUCCAGUACUCAACAGCGGUAUUCCCUACGAAGAUGAAGCCGAUGACACCGAAAAUGUGACCGAUGAAGUCACUGCCGAAGACCCCAGCGCAGAAGAUGACACCUUCCCACUCCUAGACCACAGCCAUGACUCCCUCCCAGAGACACAAAUCCGCGACAUCGACACAGUCAGAAUCAGUGCAGAAGACAUGGCUGAAAUGGGUCUCGACACCUGGAGCGCAGCAGACCGGAUCUUCGUAGAAGAACUCGUCCUCACCUGGUGGGGUCGGAGUGCCUACGUUGAUAGUGCACGGAUUAGAUGCUGUGGGAUUUCUAUCAUUUGA